AGGUGUUUUUGUUGCCUUGUUGGUAACCCUCUUUGCCUUGGAUCGCCCAUCCUGGGAAAGCAGAUGCCUCCCUCCAAGAAAAGCAAAGCUAAAAAAAACUCAACCGAGUUAACUCAGUCACCGGCGCCGGCAGUUUCAACUCCCAAAUUUCCAGCAUGUAUUCGCGCCGUUCCUCCGUCCUCCGUCGCCAUCACCAUCCAUGCCAAGCCAGGCUCCAAACAAGCCACCGUAACUGACUUGAAUGACGAUGCAGUUGGGGUUCAAAUUGACGCACCUGCUAAAGAUGGUGAAGCUAAUGCUGCACUUAUCGAUUAUAUAAGCUCCGUUGUUGGGGUAAAAAAAAGACAAGUUUCUAUAGGUUCUGGGUCGAAAUCCAGGGAUAAAGUCAUCAUCGUGGAGGAUGUUACUUUACAGAGUGUUUUUGAUGGUCUAAACAAAGUUUUGAAAGAUCAAUGACUGAAACUACUGACCCAUGGUAUCUUCAUGUGGUAUUAGACAAGGCCCUACUGGAUCAAAAGAAAAGUAUUUUCUUCAACAAGGCACAACUCAAGAUUCUUAUUAGCAACUAUAAACAUGCAUCACCAGAUUUCUAACUCUGAUUGUGUAUAUAUUAGGGGCCAACUAUGCAACUACUAGAGAAGUUCAGUUGCUCUUGCCGGAUUCAACUUCUUAUUCAUACCUAUAUUUGCAUAAAAACAAUUUGUGUCAUUCUGCCUUAGUUAAAAUGUUUUAUGUUUUGACGUGAACAGGCUGAUUAGUCAAUUAUGUCUUGAGCUUUAUGGUGGCGAAACAAAAGAACUGCCUUUGCAACCAAAAGAUUUGUUUCUCAGAUGAA